UGGCUUGUAAUUGGGAGGCCACGCCCCUAACUAUGUGGCACGCGCUGACGCUGAUCCACGUCUCAAUUGUCUCAGGCGAGUGCGCUGCGUUUGUAUGCGUGUCUCCAGCUAGGCCAGAGAGUGAUGGCGGCGCCCGUCCUGAGAGUAUCCACCCCUCGGUGGGAGAGAAUAGCACGGCUCCUGGUUUGCCUGUUGGGCAUCCUGCUGUCCCUAUACGCCUUUCACGUGGAGCGGGAGAAGGCCCGGGAUCCGAACUACAAGGCGGUGUGCGAUGUGAGCAGCUCCAUCAGCUGUUCGAAAGUCUUCAGCUCAAGGUGGGGUCGAGGAUUUGGACUCCUGGGUUCAAUUUUUGGAAACGACAGUGCACUGAACCAACCGAACAGUGUCUAUGGAAUUGUCUUUUAUGCAUUUCAGCUUCUACUUGGAAUGACUGUCAGUGCAAUGGCCGCCCUUUUUCUCAUGACGACAUCCAUCUUGUCGGUGGUCGGUUCGCUCUACCUGGGCUACAUCCUCUACUUUGUCCUAAAGGACUUCUGCGUCAUCUGCAUCACCACAUAUUCGCUGAACUUCAUUCUCUUUAUUCUCAACUAUAAGCGACUGGUUUACUUGAACGAGGCCUGGAAGCAGCAGCUCCAAGCCAAGCAGGACUGAGCUGCAGAGACCGGGCAGGAAAAAAAAAACAAAUACAACAACAAAAGAAAUGUGACCUCUGAACAUCUGACUUGCCACCAGAAGACCUUGCUUCCAAACAUGUUUAUUCUGCUGUGUGUUAAAAAAAAAAUAAUAGAAAAAAAAACCUAACUUAAAAGUUGGGCCUGACAUCUCAAUGUUGAUUGCAAACACUGAAGGAUUUGCAAGUGAAAGGUGAUUUAUUUUUUAUUUCAUUUUUCUUGUUGAAUAUUUUUCUCACUUCUGGGGGGCCGUCUGGGUGUGUGUUUUGUCAGGGAGGGGCCGGGAAGGCUAUUACUCCCGAGCAAAGCUGAGGCAGAAGGUCGUAAUUUCUGCACGGACAGCUGUCACUUAAACAGACACAGGAGUGUGGAGCGGAAGAAGAAGAAGAAACGGGACGUUUAACCCGACGCACUUCAAAUGGUUCGCCCCUUUCACUGCACUAAAAACCCGGAGCCGAGAAAAGCCCCCCCCUCCCCCAGAGAUAGACAAACCCUCGUGGUCUUACAGUCUGCAGGGUGAGAAUCCAUUCAGAACAGCUCUUCUUUCAUGUUUACACUUUUGUUUUUGAUGAGGACCACUAAAAUAAACACAGGACCUUGUGAUGGUUUAGACCAGAUUGUUUGAUUUUUGUAAAUAGCUGCUGAGCAAUAUUUCAGGCUAGAAUGUGAUGUUGUCACAAAAAAUGAAAGGAGGAAAAAGCGAAAGAGGAGACGACGGUAAAUCGGAAGGAAAAGGUGCUUACAGUGCGGCGGGGGAAUCCUGACUCCUUUGGUUCCGGUCAGGCGUGCAGUUGCUUUGUUGUACGGUCACAUUUUAUCUGAAGCAUCUUUUUUUUUUUAUGUGAGCAAAAAGCAUUCCUGACCACCACGAGACUUAUGUGCCUAAAAGAGUGUUCAUAUUUUUGUUUCAGUCUUUUUAUUUUUUUGGUGGAGUAGGGCAAACACUAGUUUUCCUUCGUUGCUCCGUUGUCUCCGGCUCGUGGUCGUCUGUCAUUGGACGUAACGUUUUGUGAGUGAGGAUAGCGGUGAAGUGUUUCACUUGUUAGUUCCACGAGGUAGCGAAGGCUGCUCCACUGUGAUGGUACGCUCAGAGGCAGAGCGGCUGGCGGCAGAAGAAGUGUCCAGUACCUUUGCAGUUGCACUAAUGCUCAUCUGGCUUUUGCAUAUGUUUGAUGUCAAUUUAACAAUAGCAGUUAUCAAGCUGUGUAACAAGUACAAUUUGCUAGACGUGAACAAAACCCAGGCAGAUUUGGAGUUGUGAAGCCAUAUGUGGGAUUCUGCUUUGGCGGGGAAAGUAUCCUUAAAUUUCUGGUUUGAACUCUUGGGUGGGAAUGAAGAUGCAUGUCUUGCUGUCGCCUGGUUUUUGUGUCAAAAGGACAAUCUUACUCUCACUUCCAAAGAGUCCUGGAUCAUCUGUCUGCACUGUCCCUCGCCGCUCCUUUCCACCCCCCACGCAUCUCUGUGGUGUUUCAAGUUUUUCCACAUAGUUUUCCUCAAGCUGGGCAAACAUGAAGGCUAUUUGGAUGACUUCAGAUGUUUGCUCUUGCAUGUUCUGACCCCUCUUAACUAGUUGUUUACCAUCAAAGUAUUUUUUUUUUUUUUGAUUUGGUCAUUUAUGUAAUUUAUCAGCAAACCUUUUUGGGUUUUGAAGGAGCACAAUCCAACUUGGCUCUGUCAGGUUACAAACAAACAUGUUACACUAGUACUAGACUUUUCAGUUUCCCCACAAACGCAUCGUUGCUUCCAUUUCAUCCCAUACAGCCAAGGGUUAGAACCAAGGGUUCAGUGGUGGAGCGAAGUUGAUCAGAUGUUUGGCAGACGAGAGGGAAGCAGGUCCUCUGUGAGAUAGCCUGAAGUGUUUGCUUCACGUCUCAUCAAGCCUCCUGAAAGCUCCAGAUCUUUUGGGAGUUUAGCUUUCAGCCAAACUGUCAUAGUUUCAGUUUAGGUCAGCCGACUUCACCGAAGUAACGUCUGAGAGCGACUGUAGGAUGACGUUAGAGCAAAGUGGGGGAGAAGGAAUCAAAGCUACAUUUCAUGGAUAUUUAUUUAGGCCCUGAGGUAUAACUGCCAUGUUAGUUGCAUCACUAAUGCCAACAAAAGUGCCUUCUGUUUGAUCAUGAGGCCUUGAGCCAAAGACGAGAAGCAACAGUAAAAGCCUUGACGUGGAGAAUGGUAACUGCAACAGGCACUUCUGCCUGCCUUUCCGAGGGUGGAGUCACAUCUCCAAAGGGUUAAGCAUCUGUUAGGGGUGAAGGAGAACACCUGGUCAUUGGAAACACCCGGUCAAAUCACUGACUGCUCCUCUUUUCUUCCCUGAACUCCACCGUUGAUUUCCUCUAGCUAGACUUCUUUGUUAGCAAAACUACACUGUUCAAAUACGAUUGUAAUUUCUUUCUAUUGUUAAUGAUGCCCUUUAGCUUUAUAGACUGUUAACGUCCUGGGUUAUUUUAGUAAAAAAACAAAACAAAAAAAGUGGAGGGGCCUGCGAGCGAGGAAUCGGCAAACCAUGUUUGAAAACUCUGCGGAGGAAGACUCGCUGGGGUUUUGCUUCUUUAUUGCCAAAUGUGUUUUAAAAUGCUGUAUUUUCUUACAUGGAAAAGUGUUACAUGAAUGGUGGGAGGAUGUGAAAGAAAAUUCCGACUCGAUUCAUUUUAAGGGAAAACUGGCUACAAGUUGACAUGAGCAAAUUUUUAACUGUCAUUGUCAUGUGGAAAUGAUCUACCAUUAAAACAUUCCCUCUGAAA